AUGGCGACCGCCGAACCGGAAAGCAGUCCAAGUUCAUCCCAUCCUGUAGAAGAUGGAUCUGAGGAAGUGGGGCAGGAGCUGGUGAGCCCUGAGGCGUAUAUCAAACAUCCCCUUCAAAACAGAUGGUCUCUGUGGUUCUUCAAGAACGACAAGAGCAAAACAUGGCAGGCCAACCUGCGGCUCAUCUCCAAGUUUGACACGGUUGAAGAUUUCUGGGCCCUUUACAACCAUAUCCAAUUGUCAAGCAACCUGAUGUCAGGUUGUGAUUACUCCCUUUUCAAGGACGGCAUUGAACCGAUGUGGGAGGAUGAGAGGAACAAGCGUGGCGGGCGCUGGCUGGUCACACUCAACAAGCAGCAGAGGAGAUUAGACCUGGAUCGCUUCUGGCUGGAAACUACAAAACUGAAUCACAUCAUGACCGCCUUGUUGCUGCUCUCCAUCCCUCCCCAGCUCCUGUGCUUAGUCGGAGAGGCGUUCGAUGACUACAGCGACGAUGUCUGCGGAGCCGUGGUCAACGUUCGCAACAAAGGAGAUAAAAUAGCUGUCUGGACAGCAAACUACGAGAACAGGGAGGCAGUCACACACAUAGGGAGGGUUUACAAGGAGCGCCUGGGACUUCCUUCUAAGAUGACGAUUGGCUACCAGUCUCACGCAGACACAGCCACCAAAAGCGGCUCGACCACAAAGAACAAAUUUGUUGUUUGA